AUGAGGAGGCGUUGGCUGUCAGUACUCAGGUAUGCUGUGAAACACGGGGAGGUGUUGGUUGUGUCAGUACUCAGGUAUGCUGUGAGACGCGGGGAGGUGUUGGUUGUGUCAGUACUCAGGUAUGCUGUGAGACGCGGGGAGGUGUUGGUUGUGUCAGUACUCAGGUAUGCUGUGAGACACGGGGAGGUGUUGGUUGUGUCAGUACUCAGGUAUGCUGUGAGACACGGGGAGGUGUUGGUUGUGUCAGUACUCAGGUAUGCUGUGAGACACGGGGAGGUGUUGGUUGUGUCAGUACUCAGGUAUGCUGUGAGACACGGGGAGGUGUUGGUUGUGUCAGUACUCAGGUAUGCUGUGAGACACGGGGAGGUGUUGGUUGUGUCAGUACUCAGGUAUGCUGUGAGACACGGGGAGGUGUUGGUUGUGUCAGUACUCAGGUAUGCUGUGAGACACGGGGAGGUGUUGGUUGUGUCAGUACUCAGGUAUGCUGUGAGACACGGGGAGGUGUUGGUUGUGUCAGUACUCAGGUAUGCUGUGAGACACGGGGAGGUGUUGGUUGUGUCAGUACUCAGGUAUGCUGUGAGACACGGGGAGGUGUUGGUUGUGUCAGUACUCAGGUAUGCUGUGAGACACGGGGAGGUGUUGGUUGUGUCAGUACUCAGGUAUGCUGUGAGACACGGGGAGGUGUUGGUUGUGUCAGUACUCAGGUAUGCUGUGAGACACGGGGAGGUGUUGGUUGUGUCAGUACUCAGGUAUGCUGUGAGACACGGGGAGGUGUUGGUUGUGUCAGUACUCAGGUAUGCUGUGAGACACGGGGAGGUGUUGGUUGUGUCAGUACUCAGGUAUGCUGUGAGACACGGGGAGGUGUUGGUUGUGUCAGUACUCAGGUAUGCUGUGAGACACGGGGAGGUGUUGGUUGUGUCAGUACUCAGGUAUGCUGUGAGACACGGGGAGGUGUUGGUUGUGUCAGUACUCAGGUAUGCUGUGAGACACGGGGAGGUGUUGGUUGUGUCAGUACUCAGGUAUGCUGUGAGACACGGGGAGGUGUUGGUUGUGUCAGUACUCAGGUAUGCUGUGAGACACGGGGAGGUGUUGGUUGUGUCAGUACUCAGGUAUGCUGUGAGACACGGGGAGGUGUUGGUUGUGUCAGUACUCAGGUAUGCUGUGAGACACGGGGAGGUGUUGGUUGUCAGUACUCAGGUAUGCUGUGAGACACGGGGAGGUGUUGGUUGUGUCAGUACUCAGGUAUGCUGUGAGACACGGGGAGGUGUUGGUUGUGUCAGUACUCAGGUAUGCUGUGAGACACGGGGAGGUGUUGGUUGUGUCAGUACUCAGGUAUGCUGUGAGACACGGGGAGGUGUUGGUUGUGUCAGUACUCAGGUAUGCUGUGAGACACGGGGAGCUGUUGGUUGUGUCAGUACUCAGGUGUAG